AUGAGUUCGCCAGCAAAGCGUAUGAGACUGUCCUCUCAGCGACAAUCGCUUUCGAACAGCCAAUUGCGACAAAGUGUGACAGUCACGACACCUUCACAAAAUGCCCUUCGAAGCAGUACUAACACUACCAACCGGUCGGUGACUGCUCCUUCGACGUCCUAUGAUACCGUCUCGGGACAGUCAUUAGACCAGCUGUCUACCAAGCGAAGACCUUCUCUGUCCCAAUCUACCAAUAUUCAAGGUCAACCAUUAAGGAAAUCGGCAAGCAGACAGUCCUUGCUUCCUCAACCAAGUGCCUACGAGAAGCCAGUCCCUAGCGUGACUCAGCAGAAGUAUCAGGAAGAUAUCUUCGCUCUGCAGGCCAAGAUCAACAAACUCGAUUAUGAGAUUACCAGUCUUGAGCAGGAGCGUGGCAUGUUCGCCCUCCAGCAUGAGAAGGAGUUACGCGAAGCACAGGCCCGAGCAGAUGCAGAUUACAGAAAGUUUCAAGACGCCGAAUCCGAUCGUCUCAAGCUCACGCGACAACUCGAGUCUGUGCAACAGGAGGUACGCAACAUUCGUGAUCGUGAAGUGGCCGGUAGUGCCGCAGUCGAGAGACGUGCACGAGAUUUGCAAACCGAAUUCGAUUCCCUUCGUGAAGAGAAAGAAGACCUCGAGUCAAAAUUGAGUGAUGCGGAAAGAGAACUAAGACGGGUCCAGGUUGAGGAAGUGGAGGGUGCUAGAAGCAGGCUCGAACGAACAAUGCAGGAAACUACUGCCGAGCUCGAAGAAAUGAAAGGUAGGGUCGAGAUAGCAACCACAAAACUACAGGAGAUGGAGCGUUAUUCUGAGGAUCUUGAGAAAAAGGUCCUUGAACUCAAUAGCAAGACUGGUGGUGGUGAGGAGCUCGAAGUGCUUAAGAGAGAGUUUGGUGAGCAGAUCGCAAACGUGCGACGCCUGGAAAAUUUGGAGCGAGAUCAAAGGAUCAAGAUUCGGAAACUUGAAGAGGAAAGACGGAACGUCAAUGUCGUUCUAGAGGAGAAGAAGUCUCUCGAGGUACAAAUUAGAGUUCUCAAGGAGUCAGAACGGAGAGCUGGCGAGCUUGAGCUGCAAAAAGAGAUCCUCGAGGAUGAGAAGAGAACUUGGACCUCUUUGCUGGAAAGAGAAGGAGAAGAAGAUCAACAGGAGUUCGACACUCCUGAGGCCGUGGUCAGAUCUCUUGUCAAUGAGCGUAUUAAACAUGCUCUUGUCCUUGAACGACUUGGUCUUGCUGAAAGCGAGGUCGCUGGCAAAGAUGAAGCUAUUAGAGCCCUCAACUCAGAACAGAAAAUUCUCAAGCAAGAAGUCGAGAAGCUGAGGGAACAAGCCCAAACACAAGAAACACAACCGGCCGAGCCAGAGAGCAAGACUAUUAAGCGCAUGGAAAGGCAACAACAGCUCGCGAAGAAGGAAAUCGAAUAUCUUCGAGCUCAACUUGAAACUUUCAAUGCCGAAGAAGUUACCAUGACGGAUAAUGCAAAUUUCGACACUCAACGAGCCGAGCAAAUUCAGCGACUCGAGGCCUUGGUCAGUGAAUAUAAAUCAGAGAUGGAGACCUUACACUCACGAAUGGUGAUGCUGGAACAGCAACCACCUCCUGCUGCGCCUGUCCAGGUAGCAGGCCAGAAACGCAAGCCCGAGGAAGAGCCUGAGUCUGAGCAGCUGGGUCAUCAAUUACGAAAGAACAAGAAUCUGCAAGUAGCGCUACAGAAGAUAACGCAGCAGUCUCAGAUGCUGGCCAAAGAGCUACAGGCCACGAAGUCGCAGCUGAAAGCGUUACGAGCAUCAGCGCAAACAAGAGUGCUUGAAAUGAGAGAUAAUCCGACUGCCCAGCACGAAGCUGUCAAGAUGGAAACUUUGCGGGUUAUGAAGCAGGAGAAUACGGACCUGAUGGCUCAACUCCGUGGAGACGAGGCAGCCUUGAACCGUGUUCGGGUCGUACCUGUAUCGAGUCUGAAUGCGCUUCAGCUGGACCUUCAAGCCAAGGAUACAAUUAUUGCAGAUAGGGAGAAACGUAUGCGGAGACAGCGGGAGAUCUGGACUGAAAAGGCCGCCGAGUUUCGCGAUGUCAUUUCCAGUAUCCUUGGUUACAAGGUCACAUUUUUGCCCAAUGGGAAGGUCAAGGUUCGCUCAAUGUACUACAAUCCUUCUGCCGAUGACACGAACACGACGCAGGAGGAUGUUGCUGAGGAGGAUCGCGAGGAUUUCAUCGAGUUUGAUGGUGACCAAGGCACAAUGAAGAUCGGAGGUGGUCGUGAUGGUCCAUUCGGAAACGAUAUCAAUGAGACAGUCAAUUACUGGGUUGGUGAGAAGAAGGAAGUUCCAUGUCUAUUAGCAGCAAUGACGCUCGAGUUCUACGAGAAGUAUGGUGGUAUGAAUCAGACAGCCGCGUAG